CUCUUUUUCGUUCUCAUUCAAAAAGAAAGCUGAAGAGAAGUCAGGAGGAGAAUGAUGGUGGAAGAAGGGCCUGGAGCGCCACAUGGUGUGCUGUUAGCAGUGGUGGUGGCAGUGGUGGUGGCGGUGCCCUUCCUCCUUGGCGACGGUGGCGAAGCGCUGACGGAAGCUAUCUCCGAAGUUGUAAGCCCUGCAGGGCUUCUCCUCCUCCCAGUUACUCUCAUACUUUUGAUCAGGUUCUUGUCGUCGGACCGCGGCACCGCCUUCUCGGGCAUCUUCUCCUCCGGCUCCCCGGACUCGAUCCACCGCGUCGGUGGGUCUCCUAUCGGCGUCGCGCUCGUGUUGAUCCUCCUCCUCUUCCUCCUCUACAACCGCUUCUCCCUCUUCGGCGGCGACGACGACUCUGGGGAGUAGGCUAGGUUAUAAAAUUACCAUAUUGCCCAUGGUCCAACCCGUUUGGCUUAUGGGCAUUCUUGUCAUUUUCCGUGUGGUUUCCUGCGUAACUCUUCUGUGCCAUGAUGUAAAAUUGUAAAUUUAAUGCGUUACCGAAGUUUUAUCGUUUCCCGCUGGGCUUUUACAGCGUU